AUGGAUCAUGCCAUCUCAAUGGAGGAGAUCCUUGACCCCUUCUGGGAUCUACCGCAACCGGAGGGAUCUCCGGUGACCGGCAACGGUGUCAUAGAUGGCGUUGUUACUCACGGUGAUGGCGGGUGUGGCAACACAGUGGAUCAGAGCUCCUCAGAGUGGAGCUUUGAGAGGUUACUGGAAGAGGAGCUUCAGCUAGCUGAUGCAUCAGCAGGGGGGAACUCUAGCAGCGGUGGCUCAGCCCUCCAUGCUGAACCAGUGGUGGAGGUGGACCAUGCAGCGAUGGCGCCUAUGGCGGUUAGCGCACUAGGCAACGCCAUGGAGUACAACAUCAUCCUGAAGCGGAAGUUGGAGGAGGACCUUGCCACCGUUGCCAUGUGGAGGGCUUCUAGUGUUGUGCCUCCAGGACGUUCUCAAGGCUCAACCAAUUACAUUGGAGGUAACAGGAAUCCUGUGCAGAACAAGUCCAAUGGUGAAGGCCCAAUAAAUCGUGUUCGAAAUGCAUAUAUUCGCGCAAGGUUUGCUACUCGCUCUUCCUCAAGGGAGCCUUCACCAUCAGAUGAUGACGAUAUGGAUGGAGAAGUAGAGAUACUGGGAUUUAACUUGCCUACUGAAGAAAAAGUGAGGAAAAGAAAGGAAUCCAAUCGAGAAUCAGCCAGGCGCUCAAGGUAUAGAAAGGCAGCUCACUUGAAGGACAUGGAGGACCAGGUUGCACACUUAAGAGUUGAAAACUCUUCUUUGCUGAGGCGCCUUGCUGCUUUGAACCAGAAGUAUACUGAUGCCACUGUUGACAAUAGGGUGCUGAAGGCUGACAUGGAGACCCUAAGAGCUAAGGUGAAGAUGGCAGAGGAUGCCCUGAAGAGGGUCACAGGGAUGAGCUCAUCACAGCCCCCCAGGCCCCUUCAUCAGGUGCCGGCCAACGCUGACGCUUCAGGCCCUAUCCUUGACAACAUCAUUGACUACCUGAUGAGCUCAACAGAUGCCACGGCUGACAACAACUUCGUGCCGAGGACGACGGCCCCGGCGCCAUUGCAAGCUGAGAAGCCAACCAGCAAUGGAGCUUCCAACAGCGCGAUGCUAAACCGGAUCGCAGCGCAUCACGGGGCAGCCGUCGAGCUUCUCCAGAAGAGGUUGGGCGCCAUGCCGGCCUCCUCCGACUCCACAUCGCCGGAAUCCGUGCCGUCUGGUGUGGACGAGUCCAUGAGCGUGGAUGGAUACUAG